AUGCAGGCAAUAUCUUUGACAGCAUGCAGUGCACAAUUAUAUUUGUACCUUUCUUUGGGUACGUCGGAGUUGGUAUUAAUUGGAGCAAUGGCUGUGGACCGUUACGUGGCUGUCUGCAACCCCUUGAGGUACAACAUCAUAAUGAACAGCCACACGUGCAUCUGGGUGGUCAUUGUGUCAUGGGUGUUUGGGUUCCUGUUUCAAAUCUGGCCUGUCUAUGCCACAUUUCAGCUUACCUUCUGUAAAUCCAAUGUGUUAGACCAUUUUUUAUGUGACCAAGGGCAACUGCUCAAACUAUCCUGUGAUGACAGCCUUUUCACAGAGUUUAUUCUUUUUUUAAUGGCUGUAUUCAUUAUCGUUGGUUCUUUGAUCCCUACUGUCAUCUCCUACACCUACAUCAUCUCCACCAUCCUCAAGAUCCCCUCAGCCUCUGGGCGGAGGAAAGCCUUCUCUACCUGUGCGUCCCACUUCACCUUUGUUGUGAUCGGCUACGGCACCUGCCUUUUCCUCUAUGUGAAACCGCAAACACAGGCAGCUGAGUAUAACAGGUUAGCGUCACUGAUGGUUUUAGUGGUGACCCCUUUUCUGAACCCAUUCAUCUUCACCCUCCGGAAUGACAAAUUUAUAGAGGCUUUUCGAGAUGUCAUGAAACGCUGUUGUCAGCUCCUCAAGGGUUAG